AUGAAGAAGCAUCUGACAAUAGUAAUCAAGCUCGGCACGUCAUCCAUCGUCGACGAGAAGACCCACGAGCCGCUGCUCUCCAUCCUCAGCACAAUAGUCGAGACGGCCGUGAAGCUGCACAAGGAUGGCCACCGCGUAGUCAUCGUCUCCUCGGGCGCCAUUGGCGUCGCCCUGCGGCGGAUGGACCUGCCUCGCCGCCCGAAACACCUGCCCCAGGUCCAGGCACUGGCCGCCAUCGGACAGUGUCGCCUGAUGAGCCUCUGGGACCAGCUGUUCUCCCACAUGAACCAGCCAGUCGCCCAGAUCCUGCUGACGCGCAACGACAUUGCCGACCGGACGCAGUACCUCAACGCCCAGAACACCUUCCACGAGCUGCUCCAUAUGGGCGUCAUCCCCAUUGUCAACGAGAACGACACGCUGGCGGUCACGGAAAUCAAAUUUGGCGACAACGAUACCCUCUCGGCCAUCACGGCGGGCAUGGUGCAAGCAGACUACCUGUUCCUCAUGACCGACGUCGACUGCCUGUACGACAAGAACCCGCGCACGAAUCCGGACGCCAAGCCCAUCGAAGUCGUCGAGGACAUCGCAGACCUGGUGGCCGAUGUCUCGAGCGCCGGAUCCUCGCUGGGGACCGGUGGAAUGUCGACCAAGAUCGUGGCCGCCCGUCUGGCCACCUCCGCCGGCGUGACCACCGUCAUCACGCGCUCCUCCAAGCCCGGCAACAUAGCCGCCAUCGUCAAGUACGCCGAGGCGCAGAAAGCGCUCCAGGCGUCCAUGGCCUCGAGCCGCAACUCCCUAGCCGCCGUCGACGACGACGAUCAGCGACUUGCCGCCGCGCUCGACCUCUCCUCCGGAGGACGCGGCACCCCGGCCCCAGGCGCCAGCGCCGAAAUCGUCGACCCCGUCAGCGGCCUCGCGGCCCCGCUCCACACGCGCUUCCUGCCCCAGGUGCAUGCGAUCCGCGACCGCUACUUCUGGCUGCUGCACGGCCUGGCGCCGCACGGCACCGUCUACAUCGACGAAGGGGCCUACCGCGCGCUGGCCGACAAGGCCGGCCUGCUGCCCGUCGGCGUCGUCGACUGCGACGGCCACUUCCACCAGCAAGAAGCCGUGCGCAUCGUCGUCGUCAAGCGCACUCCCGGCGCCCCCAGGCGCGCUCCGUCCUCCGGCUCCGGCUCCGGCUCGGCUGCUGCUGCUGCUGCUGCCGGCGGCACGGAUACGCCCGCCAGCGGCUUCGAGAGGGAGAAUCCGGCCCCCUUCGAGGUGGGCCGCGCCGUGGUGAACUACUCGGCUGCCGAGAUCAGGAGGAUCAGGGGCGUGAAGAGCACAGAGAUUCAUGACGUGCUGGGGUACGCCGACAGCGAGUAUAUCGCCUUGAGGGAGAACGUGGCGUUCCUCACCAUUGAGAAGAGCAGGCCGACGACGCCUGGGUUGCCGAUUGACGCGGCAUGA